UCCUCCUCCUUCGUGGAGUCUGCUGGCCUCUUUCUCCUCACCGGCACUGUCCUGACAGAGCACUGAGCAGGAACCAUCGGUGGAUAAGGGAGAGCAUCAUCCGCAGCAGUUGGGCGCAGGAUCAAAGCAUGCCCCAGGGCAGCCAUGACUUGCUCGGCGUCAGACAGCGAGAAGAUUGUGAUAAACUGCGGCGGGAUCCGACACGAAACCUACCGGAGCACUUUGAAGACACUGCCCGGGACACGCUUGUCUUGGCUGACCGAGCCCGACGCCUACAGCAACUUCGAUUACGACCCUAAGUCGGACGAAUUCUUUUUCGACCGCCACCCAGCAACCUUCGCGUUCAUUCUAAAUUACUACCGCACCGGUAAGCUUCAUUGUCCAAAUGAUGUCUGUGGACCGUUAUUUGAAGAGGAGCUCGCCUUUUGGGGCAUUGAUGAGACUGACGUCGAGGCGUGCUGCUGGAUGAACUACAGGCAGCACCGCGACGCAGAGGAAGCAUUGGACAGCUUUGAGACUCCUGAGCCAGAGAUACCCGAGGAUGAUCCAGCGCUCAUCGGCGGAGUAGAUGGAGACCUAAAGCGGCUCUGCAUGCAGGAGGAUGGCCGUAAAGCGACUUGGUGGGAAGUAUGGCAGCCCAGGAUGUGGGCGCUGUUCGAGGACCCUUACUCUUCCAAAUACGCCCGAUAUGUGGCCUUUGCCUCGCUGUUCUUCAUCCUUCUCUCUAUAUCCACCUUCUGCUUGGAGACCCAUGAGGCUUUCAACACUAUCUACAACAAAACUGAAAAUGUCACCGUUGGGAACGUAACACGUGAGGAGAUUGUAUAUGAAGUUGUCACAGAUGGAUGGCUGACAUAUGUGGAGGGUGUCUGUGUCAUUUGGUUCACUAUUGAAGUGGUGGCACGUGUUAUCUUUUGCCCUGACAAGGCUGAGUUCUUCCGUAGCGCCCUUAACAUCAUAGACUUUGUGGCUAUAGUUCCCUUUUACCUGGAGGUAGCACUGAGUGGCCUAUCCUCAAAGACAGCCAAAGAUGUGUUAAGCUUCCUACGUGUGGUACGUUUUGUCCGUAUCUUGCGUAUAUUCAAGCUAACCCGCCAUUUUGUCGGUUUACGGGUCUUGGGCCACACUUUGCGGGCAAGUACCAAUGAGUUCUUGCUACUAAUCAUUUUCCUGGCGCUGGGCGUCCUCAUCUUUGCUACUAUGAUCUACUAUGCUGAACGUAUUGGAGCUGAUCCUGAUGAUCCAACUGCUGCAGCCCACACCAACUUUAAGAACAUUCCCAUUGGCUUCUGGUGGGCUGUGGUGACAAUGACUACUCUUGGAUAUGGAGAUAUGUACCCUGAAACAUGGUCAGGAAUGCUAGUGGGUGCCCUAUGUGCCUUGGCAGGUGUGCUGACCAUUGCUAUGCCAGUGCCUGUUAUUGUCAACAAUUUUGGGAUGUACUACUCGUUGGCCAUGGCAAAACAGAAGCUUCCAAAGAAGAGGAACAAGCACAUCCCAAGAGCGCCUCAACCAGGAAGUCCUAAUUACUGCAAGCCAGAUGCUCUGGCAAUGGCAACUGCUUCCCCACAUAGAUUAAUGGGCAAUGUACUUGGGCCAGGCAUGGUGGAAUCUGGCAGCAUGAUGGUUACUGGAGACUGCCCACUGGCACAAGAAGAGAUCAUUGAAAUAAACAGGGCAGAUUCUAAGCAGAAUGGUGAUGCAGCUGCCAACGCAGCAGCUUUGGCCAAUGAGGACUGUCCUACCAUAGACCAGGUUCUUGGGGAUGAGCGCAGUCCAGUUACUGGAGGACUUGGUUCUACCACCAGCCGUGAACGAUACCCACAUGACCGUGCAUGCUUUCUUCUGAGUGCUGGGGAGUUUCAGCGAACCACUGAUGGAAAUGUUCGUAAAGGUGGAGGCUGAUUGCAGGAAGGCGAGUAAUUAAGGAGACAGCUGCCAGCACUCCGACGCCAGAGUGUUACUGCCCUUGUGGUAUGACUCAGCCGGCCGACUCCUCCAGACACUAAAACAUUCCACCGUUAACUGUGAGUUUUCCUCGUGCUGUGGUUAUUCCUCUUCGGACUCCCACUCCGAAGUUCUCCACGUUCCCAGGAACCUUCCAAGACUCUCUGUUGAUCAACCUCCCCAAGAAGUCUCAGCUGGCAGCUACUCCAUUCCUCCAGAGCGCCGUUCAAACCCUGCUCACCCUCGCCUGCCUCAUCAACUGUAGUGCGGAACCUGGCGGACCAAGCCCAGAACCAACCCAUUUUAGCCCCACGAUUUUCCCUACCCGCUGCAAUCUUUACAAGCCGCGAUUCUCUUCACUUUUGCGCUCUGGUGGAUUCUGGUUGUGAAUUUAAUUUAAUUGAUUCUACCUUCGUCAAGCAGGCUGGGUUAGAGGUGGAGCCUUUUCCUUUUCAACUCCUGUCCUGGACAGUAAGAGUCUUUCCAAGGUUACUCAUCGAACCAGACCCGUGGAGUUAGUUACUUCUGGAAAGCAUAGAGAACAAGCUACUUUUUACAUUUUUCCCAUAAAGCAGUCCUCCAUUGUUUUAGGUUUUUCUUGGCUACAGCAAAAUAACCCCCAUAUUAACUGGUCCAAACUUCGAGUAGAAUCCUGGUCACCUAAUUGUCACUCCUGCUGUUCACAGUCAGCUGUUCCUCCUAGUUCGUCUCCAGCCCUUUCUACGGAUCUCAUUGAUGUUAGCCAGGAACCCAAAGGGUACCACAUUCAGAGCCUAGUGCUUAGCAAGAGUAAGGCCAAGUCAUUACUGCCCCAUAGAUCUUAUGAUUGCGCCAUAGACUUUUUGCCUAAGGCACCCAUCCCGAACCGGGCCACCUCCAAUUCCCUGUCCAGACCUGAGCCCAGGCUAUUGGGUGGGCCCGUUUUUUCCCCGGUAAGGCGGGCCGACAUCACCCGAGUCCCUCAGGUGAGUCAGCCUGAAGCCACCGCUCAAGCCUCGGUGGGUGCUGUGCACAUCACUGCCCCAGCCUCAGUGGGCAUGGCUCACGCCACUGCUCCAUUGCUGGCCGCUGUGGGUCCUGCUCCCUGGUCUCCAGUUGUCUCCUGCGUUCCCUCCUGGUCUCCAGUCGUCUUCUGCGACUCUCCGUCGAUUACCCUCCUCAAGAAAUCCCAGCUGGCAGCUGCUCUGCCUCCAUUGCUCCAGAGCUCCGAUCGUACCCUGCUUACCCUCCACCUAUCUCUGCUUCCCUGCCUCGCCUGCCUCAUUGACCUGGCGGUCAGCUUCCAGCAAGCUCUGCUUCACAGAGUCCCGCUCAAUCCUUGCUGACGGAUUCUCGGUGCACUCUUAGCACUGCUCCGCCUUGCUUCCGUUCCAUCCGGCUGCGGAGUUCCCGAUCUGUUCCUAAUCCUUUAAAUAAACAUUAUUUCAAAGAAAUACGUUCUCUCCUGAGUGUGUUCUGCCUGUGGGCCAAACACUUACCCAGUAUCAUGACAAUUACUAUACAUAAGGUCAUUUCAAACAAAUAAAAAAGGCCCAUAAGCACACUUAAAUCUUUAAUAAAAGUCUACACAACAGUUCAUUGGUUUUCUACCAUCGCAUUUCUCUCCCUGAUGAGUGAUGUGUAACCACAAAUUAAAAAAAGUUUGCGCGAGAGACCACACAGUCUGACGUCAAUUUUUUUUUACAGAUCACUGCCAUUGCAUGGAAAGUCUCGUUGUCAUGGUUUUUAAGUGUUUAGCCCACAUGCAGAUACAGAUGGGAAACAGGAAUAAAUUUAAGAUAUUUAUUAUAGGCUCGGACAACUGGGAAAGACACAACGGGUGGCUCGAGCGAGGUCUGAACGUCAGUGCUGGAACGACUACGGAAAGAAAGAGGAACAAAGUUACGAGAGAUCGAACCAGGGGAAAAUUCCAGAAGCUGUGCCGCUUACCAUUUAGUCGAGAAGACCUAUCUAUUACCGAGUAAUGACGAGGGAACUCUGUGACCGUAACUCAUUGAUGGUAACAGGUGGCUGAGUGACUAGAGGGCUGACAGAUGGUAAUGCUGGCGAGGGAUCCAGAGCGCACCCCAAUUGACGGCAGACGGGAGGAGCAGAUGGAAUAACCGGAGUAUUGCGGGUGAACCAGGUGAAUCCAGGGAAGGGGUUCUCACGCCCGGCUUGGUACCACCAAGAGAGUAUGGGGGAGCUGCCAGAGCAAAAUCUGAGCGGCGGGGAUUCUGAGGAGCUGGUUCUUUGAACACGACGUCAAGGCAGGUGAGUAAAUCCAAACACGAAAAACUGAAGAACACCAAGAGAGACAAAAAUUAUUCCAAAAACAGGAUUCCCAAGAACUCACAAAUACGAGGCACACGAGACAGGUCAGAGGCCUAGGCAUACCACGACUGGGUUAACACUCUGGCGUCUUCCAUCUGUCUGAGCACUCCUUAAGAAACCAGUGGAAGCCGUUCCUGAUGAGCCGCAAGUGUGGGCCACGCCCCCCAGUCAACUAGAACCACCUGUGGAGCAGAGUUAGAGCACGGAAACCACAGAGAUCCCUGACAUAAACACCCCCCCUCAACGGUCGCCUCCUGGCAGCCCAGAUGAUGAUGUGGAAGGGUGCGAAGACCAAAAAUCAUUAAGCAGAGCGUCAUUGGCAACUGCCGAGCCGAAGACCCAUGACCGCUCCUCAGGACCGCGACCCUCCCAAUCGACUAGGUAUUGACAUCCCUUACCUCGUCGAUGGGCGUCCACGAUCCUGAGGAUGCGGGGGUUCUGACUGUCCUGGGUGGGUGGAGGGGUUUCGGAAGGAGGGCAAAGCUCACUAUCAAUUACUGGUUUAAUCUGGGAAACAUGAAAGGUGGGGUGAACUCGGGAGUGAGGAGGCAGGCGCAGACGAAUGGCGGUGGGGCUGAUGACAGAUUUGAUCUCAUUGGGUCCAGUGAAUCGGGGGGCGUUUCUUGGCGGAUGAAUUGGUUAAUACGUCUCUAGAUGAUAACCGGACCUUCUGACAGGGGCGAUACUGGGGGGCAGGUACACGGCGCUGGUCAGCGAACCUCUUUUUCUUCUCUGCGGUGCGAGUGAAAGCAGUGACGGUGGAUCUCCAGGUUUCUUGACAGCGGUUGAUACAGGUAUCCGGAGUUCAUCGGUAGGUAGGUAGGUAGGAGAGGUGGUUGGUAUCCAAGGGCUAUUUCAAAGGGUGAAUGUCCAGUAGCAGAUGAAACGUGGGAAUUGAGGGCAUACUCGACCCAUGGCAAAAACUUAUUACAGUCGGUGGGUAAAGAGGAGGUGAGGCAACGAAGGGGGGUUUUAAUUGCUGAUUCAUUCUCUUGGUUUGGCCGUUGGUCUGUGGGUGAUAUCCGGAGGUGAGAGUGUAGCGGGCACCGAGAGCAGAACAAAAGUGCCGCCAAACCUGGGAGACAAACUGAGGACCCCGGUCAGAAAGGAUGUCUGCAGGGAUUCCAUGAAGUCUAAAUACGUGCUUUAUUAGAAGUUGUGCAGUCUGCAGGGCAUUAGGCAACUUAUGUACCGGGAUGAGAUGACAAGAUUUGGAGAAUCGAUAAACAACAGUCAGUAUGGUGGUCAUUCCCUGGGAUGAAGGGAGUCCGGUAACAAAGUCCAGAGCGAUGUGAGACCGGGGGCGCUUGGGAAUAGGGAGAGGAUUGAGCAGAACGGAAGGAGGCUGAUUCGAAGGUUUGUUUUGAGCACACACCGGACAGGCACGAACAUAUUUAUUUACGCACAUCCUUAGUCCAAGACGGCCACCAAAAGCGACGGGACACUUGCAACUGCGUCCGGUAUAUUCCGGGAUGGGCGGAGAACUUCGAGUCAUGGCUCUAACGUAAAACAUCAGGACGGACUGAUUUGGGGACAUAUUUUAACUCCACAGGACCCGUACCCAGGUCAGGAUCAAGGUGCAGAGCUUGAUUAAUCCGAUCCUCUAAAUCCCAACGUAAGGCUCCAACAGUACAUGUGGGGGGAAGAAUGGGCGCUGGCUUCCUUUUCUGUUCCUGAGGGGCGAAUUGUCGAGAGAGGGCAUAAGGCUUAAUGUUUCUCGAGCCGGUAUGAUAGGUUAUGGUGAGAUUAAAUCUAGAGAAGAACAGGGACCAGCGGGCUUGACGGGGAUUUAGACCUCGGGCUGACUACAGAUAAGCAAGGUUCUUGUAGUCUGUCCAGAUGAUUAUGGGCUGCUCGGAUCCCUCUAACCAGUGUGGUCACUCCUCUAAUGCCAACUUAAUGGCUAGCAGUUCACGGUCCCCAAUGUCAUAAUUUUGCUCGGCUGGAGACAGCCGGCGAGAAAAAAAAGACACAAGGGUGAAGUUUAUCAUCGGACUCAGACUGUUGAGAUAAUACGGCACCAACACCUGUAUCAGAUGCGUCUAUUUCAAGGGUGAAUUGUUUGGCUGGAUCGGGAUGAAUGAGUAUGGGGGCCCUUGAAAAUCUAGUUUUAAGCUCGGAAAAUGAGGCUUCAGACUCAGAACUCCAGACGAACGGAAUGUUAGUGGAAGUUAAGGCGUGCAGAAGGGAUGCGACCUGGCUGUAGUUUUUGAUAAAGCGUCUGUAAAAAUUAGCAAAACCCAAAAAUCUCUGGAGAUGCUUCCAGGAGUCUGGGGUAGGCCAUUCUACUACCUCUUUAAUCUUUUCAGGAUCAGACCUAACUAGUCCACCUUCUAAAAUGAGGCUGAGAAAGGAAACAGAGCUCUGAUGGAAUUCGCAUUCCUCUGCUUUGACGAACAAGCGGUUUUCUAAGAGGCAUUGAAGGACUAAGUGGACAUGUUGUUGGUGCUGAUUUGGAUCACUAGAGUAAAUCAAAAUAUCAUCUAAAUAGACAAACACAAAGACAUUAAAAAAAUCCCGUAGGACAUCAUUAACUAACGCUUGGAAGACGGACGGAGCAUUACAUAAGCCAAAAGGCAUAACCAGGUAUUCAAAGUGACCCAGCGGGUUCUUAAAAGCCGUCUUCCAUUUGUCUCCCUGUCGAACCCGAACCAAAUGAUAAGCAUUACGCAAGUCGAGCUUGGUAAAGAUGACGGCAUUCUGGAUUGGUUCUAGGGCAGAAGACAACAGCAGAAGCGGCUAUUUAUUCUUAACCGUUAUCUGAUUUAGCCCUCUGAGGGGCUAAAUCAGCCUUGUGUGAUGUGUGAUUAAUGUUCAUUUAAAGCGGAGACUUGGAGGGGCGCAGAUAACGGAACUGUCUGAAUACGAAGCUGGGUGACUAAUCCUUGGUCGAUCAGGUUAAAAUCAGAGCCAGAGUCAACUAACGCUGAGACAUUAAAACUGUCUCGGUCAAAAACCAAAGUUACAGGCAGACAGAAACGAGAGGGGACCAGAUCUUCAAAAGAUUUGGGGGAGGAAAUUCUACCAUGGCCCGCCGUCUUUCCCACUACAGGCGACGGACCCGGUCUUUUGGUCGCACUGGGCAGGAUUUUACAAAAUGUCCAUCUCCAACACAGUAAAGGCACUGAUUUUCAGAGAACCGUUGUUGACGUUAUUCACUAGUUAAAUGAACACGGCCUAUCUGCAUGGGUUCGGGGGGCGAUGGUGGUGUUAUUACUGGCCGCUGUGAACCAGUUCCCUGUGCUGAUGGACCAAGAGUUCGGUUCCCCCCCGAAAAAAGUUUGGGGGGAACGAUUAAAGACGAGGUUACAUUGGAAAAGGAAACCCCCACAAUCUCCACUAUCUCCUGAGAAUUUCUCAAGACUCGGUGACGAGUUCUCGGUGAGCGGGGGUUGACCGGAGGCUUCAGCUGUCAGAGAGGCAGGGGGCAGAGCGCUAGUAUCCUGAGUGACAGCCUGACUCGAAGCGGAAGUAAGGGCUGCUAGUUGUUCCUGUUGGAUGGCUAAAUGCCGACCGAAUGUAUCUGCUGGGCUUUGUUGGCCCAGCAGAUAUUCUGUCAUGGUUUUUGACACUCGUAGGCAAGAUUUAGUCCCCGUUUUGUACACAUGCAAGCCUUAUGAAUGAGAAUUCUGGUCUUUAACAGGUUUUAAAAUUAUUUCUGUCUAACCUGUACAAAAUCCAAAAUCACACAUUCCACCAGAUAAUUAUUUAUUACACAAGAAUGAAAAUGAGUUGGAAAAUAUUGUAAAAAAAUAAGUACAAAAUUAAGAUACCUACAAAAUAGGUGAAACAAUACAAUUC